CUGGACUAAAAAAUAAUAAAAUUACAAAUGUAAAAAAUUCAAUUGAAAGUUUUUUACUUAAAGCUGGUCUUUCAAAAAGAGCAAUUAAUUUAUUAUCAAAUUUUGGAUAUAUUACAAAUGAUUAUCAUAAUUGUCAUCAAACUAGGCUUCCAACUAUAACUUCUAAUAGUAAAAUAUGUCAUAUAGCAACUACAUUAAUUAAUAGUAUGUCUAAUGUUUUAAAAAUUCCAUUUAUUUCUUCAAAUAAUUUUUCAGUUUUUAAAUCUGGGUUAAUUUCAGUUAGUCAUCUUAAUAAUGCAUUAUCUAAUGAACUACGUAAUAAUUUAAUUAGUUGUAAUAGUUGUAAAUUAGAAUGGAAUAAUAUUUCAGAUAUUAUAACAUUUUUAGCUGAAUCUUUAAUAGAAUCUUUAUUAGUUCAUAUAUAUGAUGGUACUUUUGAAAAUCAACAUAUGAGAAAUUUUAAUAAUACAAAACUUAUUGAUUUUACUUCUUUUGAUUUAAAAACUACAGAUAAUUAUUUAUAA